AUGGCGGACGUUCUCGCAGUGGCGGGCCUUGCCUACCCUAUUGCUAAAGACCUCUUCAAGCUUGUGAAAAAGUUAAAGAGGCUCUAUGAGCAAAUCCGCAAUGCGAAAAACGAUCUAUUCAGUGUGAUUAAAAGAACGAUAUCAGUGGCCCAAACGUACGACUUUUUCAGGGACACCAUGAAAGUUGCGAGGAGAAUUCAAGAGCUAGCGCCCAUGUUCAACCGACACCAACAGCUCAUGAGGAGUAUUGAUGAGGAAUCAAAACGAACCAUUGGAAGGCUGAAGCAUAUUACCGGCAAGUUUCGCUCUCUCAUAGAUAAUGAACCUGUCAGUACGGUCGAAAGAUGGAUCGCACAGUUUGAAUGGUCUAGAGAGAGCAAGAAAACUGUUCCCUCUCUUUCCAAGAUAUGGAGUGAAUCUUUCAAGAAAAUGCUGGGUAUCGAAUUCAAUAAGCUUCAGCAAGCUCAACGGGUCCAAAAGAAGCUCCUGAUGCAGCAACAAAUAUCGCCGAGUCAACAUCUCGAGGCCAAAGAAUUUGCGCAAAAAAUAAUGCAGAUUUUGGAAAAAGAGAUUCCUCGACUAAAAAAUCACCAGCCCACUGAGAGCCAGUCCACGUCUGAAUCGCGGUCGCCACCAAGCUCACCCAUAUCAAACGAGCCUUCGCCCAUUACAACCCCCUCACCCUCUCCCCCUAGCAAAUCUGGGAGCCAGACAUCUGUCAUCAAUCUGCAGCAGGACGAGGAUGUCUCAUCACCCGGGAGGCAGAUUUCGCAGAAAAGAAGAACUCAGUCAGCCCCUUCAGUGACGAAUCCCUUCGAGAUCGUUGCCCCCUUCGCUGCUUUCAAGUGA